CACAGGUAAUGCCCCUGGCGUGCUGCAGAGGGCAGCAUAUCUGGGCUGAGCCGGUUCUCCAGGCUCCGUUCUACUGUCCAGCCGGUGUAGUCUCUAUGAUCCCGAGUUGCGUUCAGAUCUGCUCUGGCCCUGGUUGCGCCUUCUAUGGUCUGUUGCGGGCGGUGCCAUUGCGCGGUGCUGCAGGAGGGGGGGUCUGGCUAAGAGCUGUAGGUGCAGAGAUUUGUCCGGUUUCCCCUCCUGGCGAAGGGAUGAUGGCGCAGGCUCUGUCCGAAGAGGAGUUCCAGCGGAUGCAGGCUCAGCUCCUUGAACUCCGGACGCAGAACUACCAGCUGUCAGACAGCCUGCGCAAGAACAGCCAGGAGCUUUCGUCUCUCCGCCAGAAACAGACCUCACUGGAGCGAGACUUUGCAAAAGCUCAGAAGGCACUGAGCAAAAGCAAGAAGGCCCAGGAGGUGGAGGCUUUGCUGGGUGAGAAUGAGAUGCUGCAGGGGAAGCUUCACAGUCAGGAGGAUGAUUUCCGCCUCCAGAACAGCACGUUGAUGCAGGAGCUGUCCAAGCUCUGCUCCCAGAUUGAGCAGCUAGAAAGAGAAAACAUGCAGCUGAAGGAAGGUGGCCUGUCCCUGGCCCCGGGGGCCACAGACGAAGAGCUAAGGAGGCUACAAGCAGAGAACACGGCUCUGCAGAAAACCAUCUCAGCUCUGAGUGAGCGCCGCGAUAAGGAAACGUCUUCCCUCAAGAGUCAGGAAUUACAGGCCAAUGGUCACCUCGGGGCACAAAACAGUGCUGAGACUUUGCCACUGCAAGGGGCAGAUGGACUCACUGGGCAGGAAUCAUCAUGCUGGCCGCCUGGUGUCGAAAAUUUACAAGGAAUGACACUGAAAUUAGAGGCAGAAAUGGAAGAGAAGCGGCUUUUACGAGAGCAGAUAACCGCCCAGCAGGGGAAAAUUUCUGUGCUACAGGAGGAGCAGAUAAAGAUUGCUGAAAAAUUAAAGAAGAAGCAUGAUAGCUACCUGCGGCUACAGACAGACAAAGAGGCUUUGUACAAUGACAGCAGAACUAAAAUUGAAGAAAUUCAGCAGAAGAAAGAGAGCGAAAUAAAAGCUCUGAACUUAAAGAAUCAAAAGAUGCAGCAGGAGCUACAGACAGCCUAUCAGAGCUGUACCGAGCUGAGGGAACAACUUCAGAGCCUGAAACAGGAGCAUGAAAGGACUCUCCAGGGACUGCAGCAACAGGUGGCAUGGCGGAGCGCGGAGAGCCAGGAGCAGGUGGAGUCCGUUCUGUCUGAGAACAGUGCCCUGCGCACCAGCCUAGCUGCCCUGGAGCAGAUCCAGACGUCACGGACUCAGGAGCUCGGUCUGCUGCGGGAACAGAGCGCGUCCCUCGCCGAAGAGCUCCAGGAGCUACGCAGAGACAACGAAGCGCUACAGACUCGGAUAGAGGAUCUGAACACGCAGCUACAGGAGUCUUUCCGAGCGAACGCCCGGCUGGUAGAGCAGAUUCAGGAUCAGACGCAGGACAUUCGGCGCCUACAGCAGGACCUAGAGGAAGCUCGUAAGAGCGCUGACAAGAGAAAAGCCAUGCUGGAUGAGAUGGCUAUUGAGAUGUUGCAGGAGAAGACUCAGCACAAGGACGAGGUGGGAAACAUUAAGCUUCAGCAUGAGAAGGAGGUGCUGAGUAUCCGAGCCAAGUAUGAGAAGGAGCUCCGGGAGCUCCAUGAAGAAAAGAACCGAGGAGAGGAAGCGCUACGGGCACAACUGCGUGACGAGAAGGCCCGGAGCCGGGAGCUGGAGGUUUUCCAGCAGACAGCCGAGGAGCUGCGCUUACAGAUCCAGUCACUCGAGGGAACCAAGGGAUGGUUUGAGAGGCGACUGAAGGAAGCAGAGGAAACCAUCGAGAAGAACGACCUGCGGCACCAGGAAGAUGUGGCCGGACUCCGAGCCGAGCACACGGAGGACCUCAAUUUAAAGAGCCAGGAGCUGAAUCAGAUGAGAGGAGAGCUAGAAGCUUUUACACAAGAGAGAGCAGAUCUCCAGCUAACCAUCAACCUUCUGAGACAGGAAGUGAAAGAUACCGCGGACGGACAGCGAAUUCUGGAGAAAAAAGGGAGCGCAACGCUGAAGGAUCUAAAGAGACAGCUUCACCUGGAACGGAAACGCGCAGACAAGCUGCAGGAACGUUUGCAGGACAUUCUCACCAACAGCAAAACCCGGAGCGGUUUGGAGGAUUUAGUUUUGGCUGAAAUUAGUUCUCCGAGUCGGACGCAGACGGGGGACGGCAGCAGCAGCAUCUCCUCCUUCAGUUACAGGGAAAUUAUGAAGGAGAGCACGGCCCCCAGCGGCAGUAAGUCUAACACGGGCAGCCCAGCGUCGCAGGCGCAGAGACCCGCCGACCUGUCGGACGAGGAAGUCACAGACCUGUUCCAGAGACUGGCAGAGAUCCAGCAGGAGAAAUGGCUGCUGGAGGAGAAGGUGAAGCAUUUGGAGGUGAGCAGCGCGUCGAUGGCCGAGGACCUCUGCAGAAAGAGCGCCAUCAUUGAAACCUACGUAAUGGACAGCAGGAUAGAUGUCUCGGCCGCUCACGCUCAGCUGGAUCGGAGCAGCAUCGGCAGCGUCCUGCGGGAUCUGGUGAAACCUGGAGAUGAGAACCUGCGCGACAUGAAUAAGAAGCUGCAGAACAUGUUAGAGGAACAGCUCACCAAAAACAUGCACCUGCAGAAGGACCUCGAAGCUCUCUCACAAGAGAUCGUGCGACUGAGCAAGGAAUGCAUCCCACGUCCAGAAAGCCCCCAGACUCGCCCGUCCAGCUGAAGCUGUUUCCGCCCCCCCGGCCUCGCUUGUACUUUUAUUUUUAGGUUGGGGUCGGGUUGACGUAUUUACCCUCAGCCUCUCGCUGUUCCCCCCCCCCCCCCCCGUUGUCCUUCCAACGUCUACCUGUGAUGCCUCUUUUUGCCUAACCUGAACGCCCCCCCCCAUGUCUGAAUGUUUCUCUCGGGCGGACCUUACAGACCCCAAACGAUCACACAUUCCUUCAGCACCAAGUACCCCGGGAACGGCUGAGUCCUGCGAUUAUCGGGGUAUCUGGGACUAGCGGUGAUUUGUAUAUAUUGUAGCACGUGUCUCGUUCCGAGGACGCCGGCCGCGAUAGGGCUGGCGGUGAGUAAUGAGAACUUUACUCUGUAGUGGCAGCUCCACUCGCUGGUGGCUGGCGUUAUGAUGUCAUCCAUGUCAUGUGCCAGCCUACAGGCAAACGUAUACGUCACUGGAAAUAAAGUGGGAAAAGCCUG